GUGGUCAUUCUUCGAUUCUUUUAAUUUAAUCAUUUCUGAAGUCUGAACUCUGAUGUUAAAUAAUAAUAUUCUUCGUGUGUCGUUCUGUUUGAAUUAAAAGGCACAAAACCACGAGUCACGAUGCUUUUGACCAUACAUAAUUUACCUUCUCAUGUCGGUUAUUCAGACAUUAAGAGUUUAAUCAAAGAAAAAUGCGGCUUAAAGGAGCUUAUUUUGGAUAACCUCAUCAACGAAGGCAAAACCAAGCGCGUAACAGUCGGAUUAGCUGAUGAAGGGGACGCCGUUUUAUUAGUUAGAAAAUUAAAUGGCUUUUUUUUAAAUGGUCUACAACUCUACGUUGAAGACCUUCGCCAAAAGAAGCUGGCAGAUCAGCCAUAUAGACAAAGUAAUACAUUACAAGAAAAUCAGUCAAAUGACAUGCAGCAGAAAUCAAAAUUUGUGAAGCAAAGAGAAAUGGUCUCGGUGCCACAGCAACCACCACCAAUAAUGCCUAUGCAACCAACCUAUAGCAGUAUGCCAUUUUACAUGUCACCAGUACAGACUGCCCAUGUUAAUUACGACAAGCAGGCACCGCCACCAACGAAUCCACUUCAACAGGUUCCAUUUUAUCAACAAAGUAUUUCGAAUUAUUCAUAUCAACAAACUGAUGCGCAAAAUCAAUUGAGCGGACAAGUAAACACGUCAUAUCCGGACAAAUCAGGUCUCUCAGCUAAUAAUGCAUUGAAUAUGACUGAUAAUCAAAAUCUAGAUCGAAAAGGGGUUGUGGGAGGAGAUGCCUUCAAUAUCGGUAUAUCCCAAAAAGUUUUCAGGCGUUCUGAUAAAACAUUCGGAACACCUACAGAAAACAGGGAUUUCCGAGGUCAAGAUCAUGAGAAAUUGGAGGGUAAAAAUUUUCGUUCGAUGAGAUUUAAGGAGCAAGAAGACGAAUACAGACAUCAGGAAUCUCUUGCUGGGACUUAUGAUAGAUUUGAAAAUAGAUCUAUACCUAACGUACGACGCAUCAAUGAUUUUGAUAAUUCAAAACAUUCUCGUUUCGACCGUCCAAUGCCACGCGAUCGAUCACCGCCACCACGUAAUCGUUCGCCACCACGUAAUCGGUCACCACCACGUCGUCGGUCACCACAACGUGGUCGAUCACCGCCACGUGGUCGAUCGCCACCACGUAAUCGAUCGCCACCACGUAAUCGGUUUCGUAGACGUGUGAGCCGUGAACAACCGAUUAAUCGUCCGCACAAACCUCAUAAUUUUUAUGAACAACAGCAUCAUGAAAGUUUUGAUAAUCGUGGAACAAUCCAGAAUUUCGACCAACAAUAUAAUAAUUUCGACGAAUUUGAAGGAAAUAAUGGACAAGGUGUGAACAGGCAAAGAAAUUUUGGCUCUAAAAGAUCAAAGCCUAAUCGCUUCGAGACAUACAGCAACAACCCAAACAAUUCUACUUUUAGCAAAUCGAAUACCUUUGGUCAAAAAGCAACUAAAGCAGGUUUUGCUAUGAAAGGCAAAAAACGUGAUGCGAAUUUUCACGGCCCACCUGCAAAACUUGCGAGAUUUAAUAAAGACCGAAGAAAUGUCGAAUUCCCUGGUGCCGGAUUUUCUGGCACGAACUCGUUCACUUCUCCCGUGGACGCUCCACUGACGAUUAAAGAAAAGCUAAUGAAAUAUGGCAGUUGGCGUAGAGACGCUGCCAAGUUUCUGGCCUGUGAAGUUGUCUCUAAUGCCAAUGUUGGCAAAAUGAAAAACUUUAACGAAUUAGUACGUAAUUUAAAGAAAUGUAUAGCGUCGAGAAUUGAUGUCAUUAUUGGUGACCAAGUUGUGAACUCGUUGAAUGAAAUGGUUGAUCGCUAUCGUAUGAAAUUCAACGUGGACGAUGAUGUCGGAUUUUACAAGGCUGUUUUGGAGAAAAUAAAACGUGAUAAGGACGAGUCUGCUGGGCCAGGCCAGAUACCAGACGAACCCAUACCAGGUUCUUCGACACAAAAGUAUUUAUCUCCAGCCGUCAAACGAAAAGUUGUUAGUAAAAAUGGAAGAAGUAGAAAAAGACUUCGUAAAAGUACAAACAUUAUAUCUAAUGAACCGAAUCAAGUACCAGAUCUCUACGAAGCAGAAAUCGGUGUAGAUUAUGAACCAGAAAAUGAACCCAAAGAGAUAACAUCCGGGAAAUUACCGAAGUACCCCAAUGCAAAUAAACAGGAGUAUAAAGAUCAAAAGAAAACUCAAAAAUUGGAAUUUCAAACAGAAAAUAUGUACACUAUGGACUCGGUUUUGCAAAACGCUCUCGACCAUGAAAUGGAGGAACUGUGUAAUGCGUUUGUGAGUGCCUGCGAUGAUGAGUCAACAGAUAAAAAUGAAGAGGCGAUGCGUGAAAAACUCAAAAAGAAGAUUGUUAAGGACUUUAAGAAGGUUAUAAAAGUCCAUGCAACACGGCGCGUUUUGAAUAUAACAACUAAUCUGAUCGUGCGUAUAUUCGUUUCACCGAAAUCAACAAAGCGUGCCGUCUUCGAGACUUUCCUCAAAAGUGAAGGAGUUAUCACCUUGAAGAAAUCGGAGAAAAAUAAAAUGUACCUGGCUACUUGCGACAGUUAUGAAAGCUACGAUAAAUUAGUGGCGUUAGGAUCGACUAAGAUUGAUAACGCUGUUCUGACGAUCAAACCUCUGCAUCUUAUUGGACCUCCGGAUAAGAAAAAUUACAGAGCUCAACAAACGGUCCCUAAUCGAUCUAUCUCAAAAGAUAAUGGCAAUGAUGAAUCAUUAGUACCGGAAGUUUUAGACAUAGCAGAAGAUACUGCCAGCGAUGAAGAUACCGCUGUCAAUUAUGAUGAAACUUGCAUUGGUGAUCAAGACGUAGUAGUACUGGAGAGUAAAAAUGAUAUUGUAGUUAUUAAUGAUAAUAAUGAAGAAAAUAAAAAUAAUGACGACACAGAUAUACAUACUGAAAAUGCAAAUGUCGAAUCAAAAGUUAAUGAUAACGGUCCAAAUGAUGAGCAUUUAAAUCUCGAUGAUAAAACUAAAGUAAAGACAUCUUUAGAUAACGAAUGUCAAGCAACGAGUAUCGUUGAAGCUAAUAAUGAACAGCAAUGCAAAAAUGUUGAGGAAAUUAAUGCAAAUCCAUCAGUUAAAAAUAAAUUUGACGAAGACAUUUUGGAAUCUGUUGAUGUAGCAGAAGAUGACUUGGAAGACUUUUAAACAUUUCCAAAUUUGAAUAAUUUGUUUUUGAGAUUUUUCUUUAUUAUUGCACUAAGAUUUUAGCAAAACGAUUUAUUGCGACUCGUAUAUAAUAAUGCAGGUUAUUAUUAAGAGGAGUAAAAUAAAAUACAUGCUAUUAUUAUUAAUCUUUGUAUUGUUCUAAUUCAAAUACGUCACCUUGCCUUGACAAAAUAUUAUUGAAGUAUGCAGCUCACUUUUGUGUUGUGUGUUUAAUUUGAAUAUAUUUUUAUUUUACUUCUGAUAAAU